UUAACAUGGCGGAACAGUUGUAGCAACUGAGAAAGCCGGGGGUCGUCAAGCUGAAUUUAUUACGAUUUUCCUGCUCAGGGAAAACAAUGGAUGAAUAUCUGAUAAAGCCUCAAGGUUUUUCCUUACUAACAAGAGGUUUGCGGCAUAUCAUGUUCACGGUGAGUGCUGUUUAGCGAAUAAUUGGCUCGAUAAUAAACUUCCUUAAUCGUGGCAAUCAACGAGCUAAAUUUUGUAAGUAAGUAAACAAAUGAACACAGCCUUCUUCAUUCAAUAUGCUUGCUUUGUCAAAGCUAUGUGCGAGGUUUCCUCACUUGGUGGUAUUGUCUAGGAAAACACCUCCAAAUAAGCCAGUACACUGAUUUGAACGGUUCGGUUAAUUAAUUAAACGAGAUUUGCGUGUCAAAUUGAAUGUUCACUUGAUGAUAUUAUGAUUAACCAUGAACAUGGAAUACGAUUCUUUUUUAAAAAAACCCUGUCACUCCUACAGAUCGAGUGAUAUUAUUAGUUGCUCCAACUUUUUAAUCUGUGAAUGAAAGCCUAUGGUGCUAAUAACUUGUUUUUGCAUGUGAUAGGAGUAUUUCUUUCUUAAACUUAUAAGGAUUUGGUGAAUUUUAGUACACAAUACAAUUCAAUACCCUUUAUUUAACAUGGUCAAUGUUCUUAGCUAAUUAGCUACUUUACAGACAUGCCACGAAAAAUAAAUAAAUAAACUAGAAAUAAUAAUAGAAAGAGAAGAUUUCUCAUAAAAACCUAUAUAAAAAUAUAUAUAUAUAUAUAUAUAUAUAGGAAGUCUGUGUUUCGAUUUUUCCGUAGUAGAGUGCUCAAUACGUUAAAGUAGAGCGUGAUAUAAAUAUUGGAAGUAGGAAGAGUGAGAGAUCACGAAACAGGCUUGUCGGGAUGAAAGUGUAGUUUUUUUCCUACUUCCAAUAUUUAUAUAUAUAUAUAUAUAUAUAUAAAUUAUUAAAACUAUGAGUAGAUCACGAGAUUAUUACAUAAUGAUGUUAAAACUAAGCAAAAUGUAUUUACAUGUAUUUGCACGAUUAAAAUGUAAAAUUUGAGAAAUCCAACUUAGACAUUAAGUUCUUAAAUGUUCCGAUAUUAUUAGCGGCCCAAAACUGAUCCAGAAGAGCGUUCCAAAUCUUAGCUGCAGUAUAACGCCACGAUUUAAGUCCAUAGGUGGUAGUGAAAAAGUUCACGUAUUUGCAACCUCCCUAGCUUUGAGGCCGUUGUUUUGGUCAUUGAACAAUUAACUGUUGGGACAGUCAUCGUAAGUUUAGUUAAAUAGAUGUGUUGUAGUUGAUUUUUUAUCUCAGGUAAUUUUUCUUUUUCUUUUGUUUCUUCUUUAAUUAGCAUACAUUACCAUACCCAAAAACAAAAGAAAAAUAAAAAUUACCUGAGAUAAAACGUUAACUACAACAGAUGCCUUGAAUCAUGUUGAAUUCAAGAAUACUGCAAAAUUGAAAUAAAUAAUUGUUGUUGUUGUAUGGUCAUCCUGAUGCUGAAAGGUCUAGCAAGCUGAUGCAGGAUGGAUGCCAAUGAUGCACCCCUUCUCUUUACCCUUGAGAUCUAUGGAGCAAAUUUUGUCACUCCUGGACGGUACUUCCUUAUACUGAAAAUAACUGGAAGUAAAGUUAAUCCCCGAGCAUUGAAGCUCUAUGUAGGAGAUUCUAAAGUUCCACUGAAUGAUAAUGAGUUUACCACUGAUGCAUGUCUAGAGGAUGGAGAUCCUGAAACUUUGGCAACAUUCACAGACUCAGUGAUCUCAUUUUUGAUGCCACCAGGUAAUUUUGUAACUUAUUUGUUAACUGUUAAACUAAAAUGGUUCAUUUCAUGUUAGUCGCGCAGUAGUCAAUAAUGAUAAAACAGGGGCGGAUCUAGGGGGAGGGUGCAGGGGGUGUGCAGCCCCCCUCCCUGAGAUGACCUGCGGUUUUCUAAUACAACUGGUAUUCUGCAAGAAAAAGAAACUAUGUGGUUUAUUGGUGUUGAAGUAGAGCAAGAGAUCAGUGCACCCCCUCCUAAAAAAAAUCCUGGAUCCGCCCCUGUAAAAAUAGGUAAAUCUGAUUUGAUUGAUACCAAUUGUAUUGAUCAAUCAGCAGAAAUCAAUGAAACACUCAUUUCAUUCAUCGAGUUAUCUUGAUUUUCACUGAUUUCAUGAAUUAUAUCGCAAGACACAUCUGUUCAUUUGUUCAUUAUAAAAUGAAAACUGAAUUCAUGCAAACAGUAAAUUUGCUGACAAUUGAGUUACAAUUGAGAUUCAAAGUAUCAAACAAUUGUCGCUUUUUAAAAAAUCUUUAAAAAAUCGUUACAAAAAUCUAAUCUUUUCUUUAAAACCAGGUUUAAAAUAUUCUUCUGAUAGCUGACAUAUUGGCCAGGUUUGUAUGGGCACCUAGUUUUUAAUGAUUUAGAUCUGCCACCCUUUCAAAUAAUGUUGGUGUAGUUCCGGGUGUAGUUAAAUCCCGGAGUAGCCAAUGGAUAAAAAUCGAAAUCAAUAAAAAUUGUUAACAAUCAAGUGAUUUUUAUUGAUCAAUAAUGGAAAACGGUGAGAAUCUAUCUAGACUAGGGAAAUCUUUUAGCCUCAUGAAUUUCAGACAUCCCUUCAACUCAAGGGGAUGUCUGAAAUUCAGGCUAGGAAAUCUUUAUCUGUGGUUGUAUUUCUCAUGAUACUUGCCUGUGAUAAUUGAAUGUAAAUAAACUGAACUGUUAGUUGUUUUUGUUAUUAUCUACAAAAUAAAGGGCCUCAGAGAGAAACUUGUGUGUGUAAUAUUUUCCACAUUUUUUAUUUUCAUGUUUGUUGAUAAGUUGUUACCUGUAUGUGGAUGUGUUUUCUCAGCUGUUCAUCUAACACAUGCCAAAAAAAGCAGCAAUCAAGGCUGUGCUCUAACGAAAAUUAUAGGGAGCCCAGAGCUCUGAACCUGUGAAAUCUAGGGUGCCCAGCAUAUGAUGUGUGUGAAAAAAGUAAGAUUUUCUAGUAGCCCAUGAGCAAAAGGUUAGGUGCCAGGGGCCACCAGGUUUUGUUAGGGCACAGCCCUGAGCAAUGGUUUGACUUCUGUAAUAAAUCGAUAAAAUCGUGAAAAGUCAAUAAUAUUGAUUUGACACUGAGCAAUUUAGUUUAUCGAUUUUCACCAAUUUCCAUUAUCAAUCGAUAGAAGUCACUUGAUUGAGCACUCAGAUUUUUAUCAAUACCAAUUUUUAUGGAUUGACUACUCCAGGUGUUAAUUCAUGUCAAAAACCCAUUAUAUCAAUACACAACAAGGUUCCACUGGAAAUACUUAAGAUUCCACUGGACUUCUUCUUUUCUAUUCAUGGGAGACUUAAAAUAUCAAUCAUGUUGUGUAGCAUGCUUGUGAGGUCAUGACUAAGAGAAUCAGGUCAUACUUAUGUAAUACAUGUGUAGGGUGCCUUUCCUGGAUCGUGGCUUAAAGAAUGAAGUUUUUUUAUGUCAUGACUUCCAAUAAGUCCAGUGGACUCUUCUUGAUGAUGACAGCUGGGAUCUAGUAGGGUAUAUUAAACAUUUUUGAAGAUCAGUAAAAUGACUUGAACGAAGAUAUAUUUUUUUCAUGUAUUGUUAAGUAUAAAAAUAUUAUUGGUAAUUUGCCUGAGUCUGUGAUUUCAUAAUUUUUUAUCAGAGAGUGCUGAUGCAGACAUUAAACUUCUUGUGGAAGCAUUUCAGCUUCCAGAGAAUCCCUUGCAUGAAGGAGACAAAUAUGGUGAGGCUGUGUUUGAUGUUUUCCCAAGAAAAGGCACUCUCUUCUCUGCAGUGCGACAAAAGACACCAUCAUCUAGAGAUGCCCAGGAAUUGUAUCAGUUUGAGACUAAUAUGACAUUAAGUCAAGUUGUGACAAAUGAAGGGUUCAGUGCAAAUGCGGGUGUCAUAAGGGCUGCUGUAAGUUUGAAGCAAGACCAACCUAAACAAGAAGGUGAGAUAUAUAUACACCUUACUUGAGGCCCUUUUAGCCGGGGGUUGGGGGAGGGGGGGUUGGGUUACAUACCGUAAAAUUCCGAAAAUAAGCCCCUCCAUGUAUAAGCUGCUCCAAAUAUAACCCCCCAAACUCAUAACGCAAACAACCCUCCAUUAAAUUGUCCCUCUGAAUAUGAGCCCCCAACCCCCCGGGGGCUUGUACUAACUUGGAAAUUGCCCCCAAAUACAAAGCAAACAAAGCAAAAAUGGUAAAUUUCCUUCCAACUAUAUGGCUAGCCCAAUCGAUUUUGAAACACAAAUUUCCCUCCGUAGAUAAGCCCCUCAUAAAGGGCCUUGAAAAAUAUACGUAAGCCCCGCGGCUUAUUUUCGGAAUUUUACGGUAUACCCUUAAUUUCAAAUAUAUAGUCAUUUCACAUUUUGAGGUGUAGGCCAUGUCCCUGUCAGUGUUUAACCCAUCUUUAUGUUGUUUAUCACCAAUUCAUUUAGUUUUAAGCUGCUUAUCGGAAUUUCAUCCCAACGGGACCUUAUACUUGUAACAGAAUUAUGGGUACAAGCUGCGUGUUGCUGUUAUUGUGUCUGUUACGAUUAACUGUUUUAUGCUAGUGUUUGUUUUGAUGUGUCGUGUGUAUUGCACUUCUGCAGCGAUGUUAUUUAUUUUUUUCCCAUUCUAUCAGUGCUGUAUAAUGAUACCCAGGAAAGGUAACAAUAGUUAAAGCAAAUUAAUGGUCUGAACAACUGAAAAAAAAGUUUUUGAGGAGCUUACAAAAAGGGAAAUUAGUUUUCUCUGCAUUUGACAUGUAUAUGUAGUGGCUCAAUUUUAUCCUUUGUUUAAAAGGUGACUUUCUUUUGUUUUUGGGUAUAGCCAAAAUAUUUUACCCUUACUUAAGUACAGAGUUAUUUCCAUAAUUUUCAAAAGUUACCUUACAAUACUGGGACCUUUUUAUUAAACUGUUGAACUCUGAUGAUACUUAUCUUUAAUUUACUAUUGACAAAUCACAUCAUUAUUUAGACAGUGUAUAUACUGUCAUGUAAGAAUUCAUGUCACUUGAUUAUCUAAUAUUAUUAUUAUUUCUUUUUCAUUUAGUUUUUGUUUUACAUACCUUUCACGAUACUGUAAGUAAUAUUACAGUCAGGCAAAUAAACGUUAUUGUUGUUGUUGUUGUAGCAAAGAAGCAGGCAGGUAGAGAGUUAGCCAGUAUAACUGGGUCAGAUCACAGAGACCCUAUUGAUGAUUCACUGCUAAACCCCUACAAUGAUUCUAGCUUGCUUAGAAAGCAGAUGAAAGCAGGAAGUUUAGCCAAUUUUUGCCCUAGAAGUGAGUUUCUGGAAGUUAACAGCAGGGAAAAGCUAUUAGAGAUGGACAGAGAUUACUCAAGUAAAGAAGAUACCUCUGCAGGUGAUGGCAAUUUUGAAAUAGAAGGUAUUCAGAAUGUAUAAGCCUGCAUGGCACCAGUUGUUCAAAUGUUGGCUAUGUGAAUUAUAUCUAUGUAGUUCAUAAAGAUUUCACUAGAACAUGCUGUAUUUACUUGAAUAAGCACCGCCCCUGAUUAAGUGCCCUUCUCAAGUAACUGCUACCUUUGAAGUUUUUGGUUAUCAGUGCAAUGUACAACCUACUUUUACUUGUGUCUUUGUGAUGUUCUACAUGGUGGAAAAUAGAGCGAGUUGUCUGGAGUAUAAGAUGGAGUAUAAUGUAUUAAAUAAUUUUGCUUUUUAAUUUAAUGACAUUCUGUAAAUUUCGUUGGAUCAUUAUCAUUAGGUGCAUUGUGGAACCUCAAUGUAACGAGGACCCAAGCAAGUUUAUAGAUUGAGGGUUUUCAAAACUUCAGUGACACUUACGAAACAUUCAUGUGAAUUUUGGACAAAAGAAGAGUGUUGUUUGGAACCUUAUUAUUGAAGUAGCUAGUGGCUCUGGGUUUCCCUUGCUUCAUCAGAUUGCACCUGCUUUAUUCAAGAUCCCAACUUUCUUUGUCAGUAAUACUGGUAAUGCAUUACAUACUUGCAUUAUUGUUAUGUUAUUGUAGACAGAGACCCUGUAGCUCAAAAACAGGAAGAUGCAGGAAGUUUAGCUAACUUUUGCCCCAGUUUAGAGUCUGGAUUUGACAUAGAGGAGCAAAAAAAUAGGAAGAGAGACAUAAGAGGUAUUAUUGGGCAUGGAAUACAGCUGUUGUUAAGUGAUAGAUGGGUAAUUUUUUAUGUACUUUUGCAAAGACUGCAGCUACUAAGAUCAGAAUAUUUAUUUUACGUAAUUUUAUAUAUUUUUAAAGUGCUUUUAUACCUGUUGUGGUUGAGUUGGGCAAAGUUGAUUCAGUGCCCAAAAUUUGAGAGAGUGACCUACAGUUACCAUCUCAUCAUUUGUUCCUGAUACAUAUACAGUAACUUAAAUGUUUUAGAGCAGUACUGUACCCUUUCAGGGGAUAGAGUACAUGUCUUCGUCUUCAGUUACGUAGAUGGUAGUUGUUGACUUUCCUGCUAGGACAAUAGCAAUAAUAUAUUAAACAAUUAUUGGAUGAGGUUGUUGUGUUAUCUGGAAUGAUCAAGGUUGAGGUAACUGUUAUCAGCCAAGCUAAAGGCUGAGGCUGAUGACGCUUACCAAGACCUUGAUUAUUCUGGAUAUCACAAAAACAAAUCUAAUAAUUGUUUUAUUAUACGUUGUCUGAAGCGAUUAAGGACAAACGCAGCAUCGCAUAGAACACAGUUUGACAUUGCUCUUGGAAAUCCUACUUUGCAUGUGCAACCCACACAUUACUAACUAAUCUGCUAACAGAUAACUUUAUAACUAAUCUGUAGAGUGCACUGAUUUGCAAGAUUAACUGAAGGCUCUUAGCCAAUGAGAAGACAGAUAGCAUGUACAAUGUAUCAUAAUAAUAAUUUAUUGUAUUAGUGUUAUCCCUUCAUUUUCUCUAUUUUAGCUAGACUAAUGUACCAGGCUAUAGUUCAGCAACAAGAGGAGGCAGGAAGUUUAGCAAACUUUUGUCCCAGUGUUGUUGUGAAUAGUGAUUCACCAGCCAAUGAAACAGUUGAAUGUAAGGUGAAAUGGGAAGAUGAUGAGGAGGAGAAUGUCAUUUCAGUAUGUGAGUUUCUCAAGUUUUUGCCAACAGCAUUGCAACUUAAUAUCAAAACAUUUCAUAAAGCCCUCUAUCGGGAAUCUCAUGAAAAAGUUGCAGAGAUGCUUUCCAUUCAUUAGCCUCAAUGAACCUAAAACUAAACACCUUUGAACACAGUCACAUUAUAUUAUAUUUUAAGGAAAAACCUGAGUCUAGUUAGUUUUUUUCCAUUAUUAACAGUGGCUAUUCUCCCUACUUUUAUAAUAUUAUGGAGUCUACCUCUGUUGCUAAAGAAUCUUGUGCAAGUGGAUUCAAAUCACAUAUCUGUAAUGUUAAUUGUGAAGGUUUCCAUGUCUCCUAGUUAUCACCAUCCUUAUGGUUCAUGCAAGUAACAUAAGUCUGCAAAUGUUGUAGGGGAGAACAACAGCAAGGAGAGUGCCAGCCUGGAACACAUUAUUUGUCUUAAUCUGGUACAGAAACAGGAAGCAAAGUUAGCUAGCACUCGUAAUUAUAGUGAUGGGGGAGAUAGGACAGAAAUUUUGGACAUAGAAAAGCAUUGCUCAGAGGAGGAACAAGAUGGAUUUGUAACAGAGAGGUUUAGAAGAGGUAACUUUGUUAACAUUCAGCCUGAGGAUUACUAGGCUAGCAAUGGCAGCCCUCUUGACCAUAUAACUGACAGCCACAGGCCAGUCAGUUGAGAUUACGUAGAACUUCCCAGGUUAGCUCCUCUUUGGUAGAGAAACAGAAAAGGAAUAACAAGGAAGCUUCUUUGACAUCUUACGGGCGAGCUCAAAUUAAAGUGGUCAGUUCAUCUUUUAUGAUCUCAACCUUUUUACUCCAUGCAGGAACACCACUGUCUUAUAUCACUUCACAAUGUCUGUUUCUACACACAAUAGAAAAAUGUUGUGAUAUUAGCUAAGUUAUUAUAUAGAAUACAUAUUUACGUAGGAGAGAUCUCAUGUCUAUAUCAAGUUGAUUAAAUCAAUCAUGUAGCCUUAAGCUUUCAUAAGAAAGACGAUCUCAUGUAUGGAACAAAAAACUCCAUCCAUCCCUUGACUUACAGGUAUUGUCAGGGUGGACCAGCAAAAGGCACUGACAUGAAUUUGAUGUCAGCAGCCUUUGAUUUGGUUCAUCUAUUCAACAAGUCAGGUAAAGCUGAUGUAAUAAGGGCUAAAAAAGCUUUGAAUUGCCUUUGGUGUCAUUCACUUCAGCACUCUGAUAACUCUCCUUGAUCAGUGGAUUGAAAGUGCUCUUUACACAUGUUGGAUAUCUUUAGCAGAAAGAAGGUCAAAUCAAACCUCAUUUUCUUUCUUUCAACUUCUUGCAAAAAGAAGCAAAAGUUGCUGUUAGUUUACACCCAAAGUCUUGUGUUAAAUGCAAGCUGCAGUGUUCUAAGUUGCUCGCGGGAUGAUUUUAGAACAAAGUUUUCUCAAUCAUUUGAGGGUAAUUUUUGUCCCAUCAGAACCAGAGGAAGACCCUACAAGGGAGCCAGAGUAUGUCAAGCCAAAGUUACUUCCAGUUCCUGGUGAUCCCGGGCCAGGGCCUUCAUCAGCGUCAGAUACCUCAACAGGCAUCAGAACAGUGAGUACUUUCCUGACCUGCCAAAGCAAAUGGCACUAGUUUUGUUUUUCAGUUCAGAAACAUGUACUGAAUUUGCACUACAGUUGAAGCACUGCUAUGGACAUACCUGCAAUAAGUGGACACUGACUUAUGGUCCUAGCAAUAUAGAAACAUUGCAUAUCAGACCUCUGUUAAGAGCAGAAUGACAAAGUUUUUAGCUGUAAGAUGGCAAAGUUUUUAGUUGUAAGAUUGACCACUCACAGAUAGCUUGAAGUUGACUGUAACCAUUAGUAGGGACUGUAUAAAACUAUGGGAACACAAAGAAAAUAAUCAGUUUAGUGAGCAAAUUAACAACUCUCAUGCUUAUUUCUAAAUUUUUUUGCUGUCUUUGCACAAAUUUACUUGACAAUGGGAGCAGCAAGGUAAUAAAUUCCACCAUCUCUGUCUGAACUUGGGUGUGGUCUCCUCAGCUCCAAACUUAAUUCCCCUUUUUUAAGUAAGUGGGCAACUUGGCAUAAUUGUGAAAAAGUUUGGAAGGAUGCAAAAUCUAUUUGUCCACAACUUUUCCAUUUUCUUGCCUUACCUGAUGAUCACUUCCUCUUGGCAAAUAUGUAAUUUGAGGUGACUGCAAACAAAAAGUGCUGAACUGGUGGUGUUAUAGACUGUAAAACAUUUUGUUUUCCUUAAAAUCGGUUUUUGAAGGAGACUGUGAGAUUUUCACCCGCAUUUCAGAAAAGAGUAUUCUGGCCUUGAGAGUAUUUUGAAGGAAUUUUGUAAAAUAGCCUGCCAUAGAACUUUAACUUGCCAAAAAUAAGAACUCCAUUCAUAGUUGGGUGGUACUGUUUAAUCAGGGCUGUCACUAAAAUUUGUCAGGUAUAUAAGUUGCCAGGUAUAUAUGGGCAGGGAAUUGAAUGGGUAGGAAGUUCUUUUGCUUCUAUGAAAGUAGCCAGGGGAAAAGCUCAUAGUAGCCAGGGGAAAUCCCUGGCCUUCAGCCCUAAGGGACAAUCCUGUUAUAUAAUUCUCUCAUUAUUCCCUUUUAUAUAGAUUCAAGAAACUGCCCUUGGUUCUAAUGUAAACAGCAUACCUGUGCAGCAUCUUUGUGGAAGCUACUUAGCAAGGCAAGGAUAUUGUGAAGUGGUAGUUCUUGCUCAUGGUGCUCUUGGAUUGCCAAUGAAAUCAGACGGAAGACCUCCUCAUCCUUACAUUGCAGGGUAUGUGAAGAGAAGCAUAAGAUAGGCGCACAAAUUUGGGCGAUUUUCAAAUCUUUGGGAAUUUUAUCUUCCCAGCUUUGGAAACUGUUACAUGUUUGGGUGACAAAAAAAAUUAAAUUUCAUAUUUAAUGUAAAAAAGUCAUCUCUGCUCCAUGAAACAGCAGGGAAAAAGUGUUAAUGUUGUGGCCAAAUAGCUGCGAUUUUUGUGAUAGAACUUGGCCAAGACUCAAGACGCAAUAACAUAUUUAGGUUCUGUUGUACAAGAAUGGCUAACUGUGUCCUAUUGGCUGCGUGGAUGCAUGAAGCUAAACUUAACAUGUAGCUCUUCCUUUACGGGCAGUGAUUGUGGUUAGGUGACAAACGUGUACACAUGUACAUACAGUUCUGUUUAUAAAAUUACUAUGGAGUUGAGUUACCUCUUUACAGGAAGUCUGAAAUUGCUACAUGAGUACCUGUAUAGAACAUUGUAGUUGUAUAUCAAGACAAAAUUUGUGAAUGUGAUGCCGAGAUGAAAUAAUGUUUAUGAUGAUGAUGACAUGUUUGUACCUCUUUACAGGAAGUCUGGAAUAACUACAUGUACACUUUUACAAAACAUUGUAGUAGUGUACUGUGAUAUGUUUGUACCUCUUUGUAGGAAGUCUGGAAAAGCUGAGGCGCAGAAUCAAAUGGGACAGUCUGUCACUCAUGCCUCUAUUCAGCCAACUCAGUCACCAUCUUGGGAAGAAAUACUGUUGGUUGAAUUCAGAGAGGAGAAUUCUAAAGAUGAAGGUUGGUUGAGUGAUAAAUUCUAUUCAUUUUUAUGUAAUACUGUCCACGUACCUUUGUUCUUAAGUUAUAGACCAUUUGAAGAGCACAAGAAAACUCAUAAAGAGAUCAAACUUUCUGAGGCGAGACUCUCAUCUCUUAAAAGUACGAUAAAACGGACAACAAAGGCGUGCAGCUUGUUUUGCAACAUUGGUGCAAAAUGAGUUUAAAAGUGAUGUUGCGUGUUCUAACACCCAGAUUUGUUGCAAGACAGGUUUGAUUCGUGGGUGGUAAAACGUUCAACAUGGCUAUUCAACUUGUUUUGCAGCAAUGUUGCAAAACAAGUUGCACGUUUUUCGUUGCCCGUUUUUCCGUAGCUUAAGACUCUUGUCUCGCGAGAAACAAGACAAAACUGUUUACUGAAUGCGAUAAGCACUCUUUUUAUGAUGAGUUUUUCACUUUGCUCUUUUACAGUUUUAAUCCUGCUGUUAGCUGACCACCCAAGCAAAGAGUUACUUACAGAGUACACAGUUCCGCUUGCUCAUUUGAAGCCCUUUCAUCAAUAUCAUCUGGAGCUAGUUCAGGUAUCCAUAUUUAUUAUCUACAUACUGAGAAAUACUCACCAAAAAGCUAUGUCGUAAAUUUUCUUAUAACAUAUCUGAGAUAGUACCCUCCUUCGUCCCGUGACAUCCCGCGUGGAUGAAUUCUCAGGUAAACCAAUAGAAAGAGCGGUGUAUUGUUUUUAAAAAUACACCACCUUAGUGUACACACACCCGUUGAGCCCUAACAGAGACCAGUCUUGUAUUUUAACAAAAAUGCCCGGCUGGUGGCUCAAUCCUAUGAAUCAGUGUCUUGGUUACGUUUUUGAUUCGCUUUUUUUUCUGCUGAGAAGAAAGAAGAUUUAAUUAAUAUUAUUUCCGUGAUUUUUUGUAUCCUUAAUGAAGAAGGGCGGAACUUUAAUAAAACAGUGUUGAUUGUCUUUUUGGUGUGAAAACGUUUGAAAAAUGUAAAUAAUUUUGAAUCCUACGACAGGUUUUUUCCUUACUUCGUUAAAUAAACAUUGGAGCCCUCUAGUUUUUUCUCUACAAAUUUGGUGAAGUUUGACGAUAAUCUUGACCAUACAACUCGUUGCACAAAAAGCUGGUCAAACUAAUUUUCAAAUGCUCUGUUAGCACAUUUGUGUUAGUUGACUCACAAUUAGUGAAAGAGUGCAGCCAGAGUAUCUCCUAUCUGAAAGCUUGAUGAUAUAACUGUAAGUGGUAAGAAACCUAUGGCGGACACGGUAACGCCACAAGAAGGACAAAUUUUUGCUGAAUUUCAAUUACUUGUUUUCUCUGUUAUCUUUUACAGCUGUACUUACUCGAACGUCCGAUGGUCCUAACUGACCUUCCACUUUAGUGGUUAUUAGCUUAAUAACAAAUGAAUUUUUUCCCCGAAGCUCGGUCAGUCUGUCCCCAGUUUUUUCGAACUUCAAUGACCCGGGUGACUCAUUUUACAUUUUUCCGGCUUUCAGCCCAAUCCAGAACUUAGUGGUGACAUUAGAUUAUACAUCACCUUGAUGAUGAAGAUGGACAAGUUACCCCUUCCCUCUGCAGGUUCCAAAGUCUUUGGACUGGAGGUAUGUAAUAGUCUUGUGUUGUUUUAUGAGCACUCAAGUGGCCCUUUUCAGGUGGCAGUUGUGACUGGUUUGGUGCUGUGUCAAAUUAUGGGACAAGUAUUCGGGACGAAUUUUAAGCCAGUUUCUGCAUAACCUAGUAAUAGCCAACAGAGAGCGAAAACGUCAGUUAAAAAAUGAAUUCGUGCUGUCUGCUGUCCAUUUUUCUGUAUUUUGUUACAAAACUCUAUUACUGGGAUUUUUAAACCACUUAAAUACUACAUUCAUCUCAAUACUGUCUUUCAAACAGAUUUGCAAAUGUUACGUUGUACUGAAUGGUCUCCAAGGUAUGUUGUCCCUUUCUGUUUCCCUCAGGUAUUACUUCGUAGCUUGGAAGCCCCGGUCAGUAGUCAGAUGGGACCGCUUGUUGCCACAGGAAGAAUUGUAGCUGAUUGGAAGGAAUACAAGUACUUACAGUUAACGUUUUCUUAAAGCCUUAGUCAUCUAGCUCUUAUCAAAAUUGAAUACGAAAAUUGAAGGUCCUAAAUCCGACUAAUAUAUUGCAUAUUGUGAAAGUUCGUGAAUCGUAUAUCUAUAAUUUGCAAAAUUAGGUAAUUUGGCAUUAACGUUCAUUAAGACUAAUAAGUGUCUUUAGAAUAGCAGGGUUGUGACUAUAAUAUCAUGGGUAACAAAUUACUCCUGGCGCCAAAUUUCAGCGUUAAUUUGUAAUUUCACAGUGAAAUUACAAACUUGCUAUGGCAACGUUCCGUAUGUCUCAGUGCCAAGAUGGCGUCAAGGUUUUAAAAUAUUAUGAAUAAAGAUGCCAGGGCAUUAAAAGAUGCUUUAGAAAACUUAAACACUCGAAAUAACACAUCAAGAAUAAGGUAGUUUGUCGAAAAAGUAAGAAAAUUGUGAACUGGAGCCAAAAUUUGUGCUCUAAACUUUUCGAUACCGUACGAUAAACCAGUAAAAAACCGACGAUUGUAAGCGUAAAUUGUCACGCAUGAUGUUAAUAUAGGUAGUGAAAUGGUAUCCUCGUGAAACUAGGGACUAAUUGUACUUCCGUUUUGUCCAAAUUCUUAUAAUUUCCCGAGCGUUGAAGUUAUUAGAAUUUAGACAAAACGCGCGUGAAAUUAUUCCCGAAAUAUUUCACUCGUCAUCAUUUGAUUACACUUUCUUAUUUCACGCCCCAACUACGUAUACAUGUAAGUAAAUUGUACAUGGUAGCUCGAGCAGAAGAAUGUUCGUGAAGUAGAUCUUCUAUGUGCUCUUUCUUUGUCAUCGCUAGGAAAAGUAUGCUCUCAUCUCAGCCCAGACCAGCUGGAGUCACAGUAACCACAAUUGACUUUCCGUCGCCACAUCCAACUUCAUUCGCUGUAGCAGGAGCAAUACCUGCACAGGAGCCCCUGCAAGUAACAACAGCUGGAACACCACAGGAACAACCUCAAUGGAACCAGUCUUUGUUUUUCAUUGGAGAUGAAUCCAGUUUGUUCACUGUUACUUCUGCUUUGGUCAUAGAAUAUUAUCCUGCAUCACUUGGUAAGACAUCUAACAUGCAGCGAAAUAUUUCAGAAUGAUCUGAUUAAAGGAGCUGUGUCACAAAAUUCAGCCAAAUUAGGUAAUUACAAAAUGCUCGUUAAAUUAAGAGAAAUGUAAAAAUAACCACUCAAAACUUAAAAGGAAGGUUAAAAAACAUAACAGAAACAACAGAUGCCACGGGUGGGCAAAACUGAAGAAGAUUGAGACAGAUUGAAAUUAGGGUUUUGAAAACUAUUCAGCCUAACAGUUUUUCAAAGUUGAUCUCUGCUGUUUGCAACUUCAAGAAUAAUGCCCAGGAGACAUAUUAAUGUUUGUCUUGAAUCUCUGAAUGAAAUUUGUCAUUUCCAUGUAGUUCUUUGCUUACUUUAAGUUCCAUAGCGAUUGAGGGCGAGUUAUUGGCGAAACUGGUCUGCCGUGACACAGCCCCUUUAAGCAGCCAGCGAACGAAAUUUUCACAAUCCCCCCUACAACAUUAGAUUAACUUUUUCUUGCACCUACCAUGAACUUGAGCGAAUAAUUCAUGGCAUCGUUCCAUCUGAAUAGCAGCGUCCAUAUAGCCAAUUUUCGAGCCAAAUUCUAUACUGCUUGUGGAAACCCUAAAGAAAUCAACCUUUAGUAUGAAGUUCUUUAUUGGUCCCUCUAGAGUCCGCAUACCACCACGGACCCAAACUCAGCAAAAGAGAGGCGCCAGUGUAAAUUUUGUAAUCAUUUUCUUGGUUGUUUCGCGCAGUUUUAAAACAGUUACUACUGCCUGCUGCAUACGCAAAAAGGUUACAAUAUGUGCCGCGUAUUCUUUGCGAUGAGGAAAAAAAUUGAAAAAUUGAAAAAGAGAAAACGCAAAAAACGCGCUUACUGGGACGCACGUUUUCUUUCGACUGUGUGGAAUGUGUUGCUAUUCUGUUAUUGACAAAAUUGUUAUAUUUGCCAUGUCGUGAGCUUGAAAGAAGAAAAAAUCUGAGUUUCCGACGGAACUCCUAUGAGUUAGGUCAUAUACUAGGUUCAUGUGUAACAUGCGUCUUGCGCAAUGGCAGGAAUUGUUAAAAGCGGCGAAUAAAUGAGAAAAAUAUAUUCUUCUUUGUUACGAGGAUGGAUCUUUCAUCAGAGUAUCCAAUAAACACAGCCUCGUUCUUAGUCGUCCUCGGCUAUUUCGGGUGUGACGUCACCUGUCAAGCUUGUCGGGACACCGCCCUGGGGACGAGGCUGCAAUUAACAUUUUUUUGUUGUUUUGUUAGCGAUGAGUAGAGAUAGUUGGCAGCUGUCAAGCCCUGUUGGAUACUCUUACCAAACACUGGAUCAGUUGCUUUUAUCAAGCUUGAAGUGGGACAGCAGUAAACUUGGUCUCAGACUGGACAAUUUACCAAUUGAGGUGAGACACAAAGCAGACUGAUGGCAUGUCUAUCCAUGGAAAGUUGAAAGUGUGAAAAUGUUAGUAGCUCCCUGGUAGUAUAUGGGUUAUGUUAUUUUAAGAGAAGUCGAAAGCUUCGAAUCAACAACGCAAUCGGAUUUUUUUUUCAAUAACAUCUUCAUCAUAGAAAGUUCUUACAAAGCCUCCAUAGGCAGAUUUUGCGAAGACAACGCAAAGUCGAAUGAAAGCCCAAAACAACGCAGAAAGGUCUGAAUCCUACUACCGGUGUUCAAUUUGCCGCUUUGCAUUUGGUCAAUUCGGUUUUUAGAUCUGUAUGCGCCGUAGUCACAGUCGUCACGAUGUCUUUGCUAAAUGUUCUUAAUAUCCUCAAUAGUUCACUGAGUUUUCGAACCGUCUCACCAGACGACUGUCGCGUUUCAAGGUACUAGAAUCGUCUCGCGUGUUGCUUCCGGCGAGAAAUGUGGGUGCAUUGCUGCAUGAGUCUAGUAGAAUGAACAAGAUUUUUCCCUCCGGUCAGCGGUAAGAGCAUUCACCCAGUUCCCGGUUGAAUGAAAUCAUGUUGGGAUUUUGCUUCUCUCUCUUCACGCUCUUCAUAAGCUAAAUACUGUUUCUUUAAAAGAAAAAUCGUAUGGCGCUUUCCUAAAGUUAGAACUGGCCAACCAGACGGGUCAUUUUGAUAAUUAACAGACUAUUUUCUAAAGUCGUUGCUAACACCCAUUUCAGCCCUGCGAUGUCCUGACUAAUAGUGGAAUUCUCUUUAUGACUGGAGUGGUCUGGUUGACCAGUUCAAACUGACGGUAGCGGCGCCCUUAGGCUUUGAUUGAUACGUGAAUAAUUCAAUUUUGGGUCAUUUCUUUUAGGGGUCAAACCUCAGAACAGCGAUAGGUACCAGUCCUUCAGUUGGAAUGGUGCUCAGACUGGUCACCGGCCAGGUAUUUGCCAAAUUAUUCUAGUGACCUUUGCUUCAGCUGUUUGAGGAGUUAGUUAGUUUGCAUUUCGCGAUUUUAUUGGCCUCUGUUUUGACGUCUCGGUCUUUUGUCUAAACAUAUACCACUAGAGUCUUCUAAGCCAAUAACAUCACAUCUUUACUAACACACUACCGAUAACGUCACGACUUAAUUGACCAAGAGGUGAAAGAACAGAAUCCCCACACCAUUUACUAAUGAUACACUCUUUACUUUGACGCUGAUGAUGACUUCCGCGCAGUUUGUGGAAACAUCAAUCACUGUCAUCAACAGUCCUAUUCUCAAGACUACACUUAAACGGACGAUCAUAUUUUAUCUACCUUUGACAUAACUCCAGGUUAAUAUCACGUGCUAUAAUGAUUUUCAUUAAAAACACUUUUUAAUUUAUCCUUUAUUGAGCAAGCUUGUUCGGUCAAGGGAGCAGGAUAUUGGACUCUUUUUUGCAUUUUUAUCGAGCUCGACCUCGCCGUGGUCUAUAAAAACGCAACAACAACAACAACAACAACUUGGUCGAUAUCCAACGAUCUUGUUCACGGUUCGUUAGUAUCGCGUAUACACUAAAUUCUAUUUGUACCAUUGAUUUUUCCAGCGACCAGACCAGCAACUGACAGCAGCGCAUCUGUCUUCAUUGCCUGUCUUUAGGACGUCACCAGCUCAGCUGCAGACACAGCAAGGACAACCGUCCUAUAAUACUCAUCAGCCGGCUGACACGGCAGAGCAGGUGCGAUAAUAAUUUGGGUCCUUUUAUCGAGAUUACAAGUAACAUGGUUUAGCUCUAAUGUCAGGAUUCACUUUAACAUUCAAAUCCGUUCUCAGUGCCUGACACCUGGUAGGCUCAGUCUCCAGCCGUGGGUGACUCGAUGCGCCCGCGGUACUCCUCAUCCGACGGGUCGGGUGGGAAGCACCGCGGGCGCAUCUAGACCCUACUCACCUGGGGCCAGUUCCUAGAAUGAUGGUUAAGUUUAACCCAGGAUUAAGCGAAAUUUUAAGCACGGUUUUUUCUUGCUAAGAGCAUGUAACUCAAGCUUACACAAUACUGUUGAGCCUUUCCUCUGAGACACGGUAACGAUUUACACAAAAUGUUACUCUGAGCAAUGCAUAGGAAGGUAAAUACAAAAAGAAGAACAAAAUCUUAAUCCUGGAUUAGCGCUAACCGGCCUCUCUGGAACCGGGCCCAGACCAAUACUUUUAUACAGUUUAAAUCAGUGAAUAGUAAUUUUCGCGUUUUGAUUAGUUCUCGUAACCCACAAGGUAUAUCUGUCUUUCAAACAGAUUUGCAAAUGUUACGUUGUACUGAAUGGUCUCCAAGGUAUGUUGUCCCUUUCUGUUUCCCUCAGGUAUUACUUCGUAGCUUGGAAGCCCCGGUCAGUAGUCAGAUGGGACCGCUUGUUGCCACAGGAAGAAUUGUAGCUGAUUGGAAGGAAUACAAGUACUUACAGUUAACGUUUUCUUAAAGCCUUAGUCAUCUAGCUCUUAUCAAAAUUGAAUACGAAAAUUGAAGGUCCUAAAUCCGACUAAUAUAUUGCAUAUUGUGAAAGUUCGUGAAUCGUAUAUCUAUAAUUUGCAAAAUUAGGUAAUUUGGGAAUUAACGUUCAUUAAGACUAAUAAGUGUCUUUAGAAUAGCAGGGUUGUGACUAUAAUAUCAUGGGUAACAAAUUACUCCUGGCGCCAAAUUUCAGCGUUAAUUUGUAAUUUCACAGUGAAAUUACAAACUUGCUAUGGCAACGUUCCGUAUGUCUCAGUGCCAAGAUGGCGUCAAGGUUUUAAAAUAUUAUGAAUAAAGAUGCCAGGGCAUUAAAAGAUGCUUUAGAAAACUUAAACACUCGAAAUAACACAUCAAGAAUAAGGUAGUUUGUCGAAAAAGUAAGAAAAUUGUGAACUGGAGCCAAAAUUUGUGCUCUAAACUUUUCGAUACCGUACGAUAAACCAGUAAAAAACCGACGAUUGUAAGCGUAAAUUGUCACGCAUGAUGUUAAUAUAGGUAGUGAAAUGGUAUCCUCGUGAAACUAGGGACUAAUUGUACUUGCGUUUUGUCCAAAUUCUUAUAAUUUCCCGAGCGUUGAAGUUAUUAGAAUUUAGACAAAACGCGCGUGAAAUUAUUCCCUAAAUAUUUCACUCGUCAUCAUUUGAUUACACUUUCUUAUUUCACGCCCCAACUACGUAUACAUGUAAGUAAAUUGUACAUGGUAGCUCGAGCAGAAGAAUGUUCGUGAAGUAGAUCUUCUAUGUGCUCUUUCUUUGUCAUCGCUAGGGAAAGUAUGCUCUCAUCUCAGCCCAGACCAGCUGGAGUCACAGUAACCACAAUUGACUUUCCGUCGCCACAUCCAACUUCAUUCGCUGUAGCAGGAGCAAUACCUGCACAGGGAGCCCCGCAAGUAACAACAGCUGGAACACCACAGGAACAACCUCAAUGGAACCAGUCUUUGUUUUUCAUUGGAGAUGAAUCCAGUUUGUUCACUGUUACUUCUGCUUUGGUCAUAGAAUAUUAUCCUGCAUCACUUGGUAAGACAUCUAACAUGCAGCGAAAUAUUUCAGAAUGAUCUGAUUAAAGGAGCUGUGUCACGAAAUUCAGCCAAGUUAGGAAAUUAUACAAAACGCCCGUUAGAUUAAGAGAAACAUAAAAAUAACUGCCUAAAACUUUAAAGGAAGGUUAAAAUAACAUAACAGAAACAACAAAUGCCACGGGUGGGCAAAACUGAAGAAGAUUGAAACGGAUUGAAAUUAGGGUUUUUGAAAACUGUUCAGCCUAACAGUUUUUCAAAGUUGAUCCCUGCUGCCGUCAACUUCAAAAAUAAUGCUCAGGAGACAUAUUUGUUUGUCUCGGAUCUCUGAUUUCGUCAUAUACCUGUAAUUUCUUUGGUUACUUUAAUUUCCAUAACGAUUGAGGGCGAGUAAUUGGCGAAACUGGUCUGCCGUGACACAGCCCCUUUAAGCAGCCAGCGAACAUGAAAUAUUCCCAAUCCCCCCUACAACAUUAGAUUAACUUUUUCUUGCACCUACCAUGAACUUGAGCGAAUAAUUCAUGGCAUCGUUCCAUCUGAAUAGCAGCGUCCAUAUAGCCAAUUUUCGAGCCAAAUUCUUACUGCUUGUGGAAACCCUAAAGAAAUCAUCCUUUAGUAUGAAGUUCUUUAUUGGUCCCUCUAGAGUCCGCAUACCACCACGAACCCAAACUCAGCAAAAAAGAGGCGCCAGUGUAAAUUUUGUAAUCAUUUUCUUGGUUGUUUCGCGCAGUUUUAAAACAGUUACUACUGCCUGCUGCAUACGCAAAAAGGUUACAAUAUGUGCCGCGUAUUCUUUGCGAUGAGGAAAAAAAUUGAAAAAUUGAAAAAGAGAAAACGUAAAAAACGCGCUUACUGGGACGCACGUUUUCUUUCGACUGGGUGGAAUGUGUUGCUAUUCUGUUAUUGACAAAAUUGUUAUAUUUGCCAUGUCGUGAGCUUGAAAGAAGAAAAAAUCUGAGUUUCUGACGGAACUCCUAUGAGUUAGGUCAUAUACUAGGUUCAUGUGUGACAUGCGUCUUGCGCAAUGGCAGGAAUUGUUAAAAGCGGUGAAUAAAUGAGAAAAAUAUAUUCUUCUUUGUUACGAGGAUGGAUGUUUCAUCAGAGUAUCCAAUAAACACAGCCUCGUUCUUAGUCGUCCUCGGCUAUUUCGGGUGUGACGUCACCUGUCAAGCUUGUCGGGACACCGCCCUGGGGACGAGGCUGCAAUGAACAAUUUUUUUGUUGUUUUGUCAGCCAUGAGUAGAGAUACUUGGCAGCUGUCAAGCCCUGUUGGAUACUCUUACCAAACACUGGAUCAGUUGCUUUUAUCAAGCUUGAAGUGGGACAGCAGUAAACUUGGUCUCAGACUGGACAAUUUACCAAUUGAGGUGAGACACAAAGCAGACUGGUGGCAUGUCUAUCCAUGAACUAUUCUAGUUGAAAGUGUGAAAAUGUUAGUAGCUCCCUGGCAGCAUAUGGGUUAUGUUAUUUUAAGAGAAGUCGAAAGCUUCGAAUCAACAACGCAAUCGGAAUUUUUUUUUCAAUAACAGCUUCAUCAUAGAAAGUUCUUACAAAGCCUCCAUAGGCAGAUUUUGCGAAGACAACGCAAAGUCGAAUGAAAGCGCAAAACAACGCAGAAAGGUCUGAAUCCGACUACCGGUGUUCAAUUUGCCGCUUUGCAUUUGGUCAAUUCGGUUUUUAGAUCUGUAUGCGCCGUAGUCACAGUCGUCACGAUGUCUUUGCUAAAUGUUCUUAAUAUCCUCAAUAGUUCACUGCGUUUUCGAACCCUCUCACACGACGACUGUCGCGUUUCAAGGUACUAGAAUCGUCUCGCGCGUUGCUUCCCACGGGAAAUGUGGGUGCAUUGCCCGCAUGAGUCUAGUAGAAUGACGUUGUUAAACAAGAUUUUCCCCUCAGGUGAGCGGUAAGAGCACUCACCCAGUUCCUGGUUGAAUGAAAUCAUGUUGGGAUUUUGCUUCUCUCUCUUGACGCUCUUCAUAAGCUAAAUACAGUUUCUUUUAAAGAAAAAUCGUAUGGCGCUUACCUAAAGUCAGAACUGGCCAACCGGACGGGUCAUUUUGAUAAUGAAUAGGCUAUUUUCUCAAGUUGUUGCCAGAACCCAUUUCAGCCCUGCGAUGUCCUGACUAAUAGUGGAAUUCUCUUUAUGACUGGAGUGGUCUGGUUGACCAGUUCAAACUGACGGUAACGGCGCCCUUAGGCUUUGAUUGAUACGUGAAUAAUUCAAUUUUGGGUCAUUUCCUUUAGGGGUCAAACCUCAGAACAGCGAUAGGUACCAGUCCUUCAGUUGGAAUGGUGCUCAGACUGGUCACCGGCCAGGUAUUUGCCAAAUUAUUCUAGUGACCUUUGCUUCAGCUGUGUGAGGAGUUAGUUAGUUUGCAUUUCGCGAUUUUAUUGGCCUCUGUUUUGACGUCUUGGUCUUUUGUCUAAACAUAUAUCACUAGAGUCUUCUAAGCCAAUAAGAUCACAUCUUUACUAACACACUACCGAUAACGUCACGACUUAAUUGACCAAGAGGUGAAAGAACAGAAUCCCCACACCAUUUACUAAUGAUACACUCUUUACUUUGACGCUGAUGAUGACUUCCGCGCAGUUUGUGGAAACAUCAAUCACUGUCACCAACAGUCCUAUUCCCAAGACUAAACUCACCCGGACCAUCAUAUUUAAUCUACCUUUGACAUUACUCCAGGUUAAUAUCACGUGCUAUAAUGAUUGUCAUUAAAAACACUUUUUAAUUUAUCCUUUAUUGAACAAGCUUGUUCGGUCAAGGGAGCAGGAUAUUGGACUCUUUUUUGCAUUUUUAUCGAGCUCGACCUCGUCGUGGUCUAUAAAAACGCAACAACAACAACAACAACAACUUGGUCGAUAUCCAACGAUCUUGUUCACGCUUCGUUAGUAUCGCGUAUACACUAAAUUUUAUUUGUACCAUUGAUUUUUCCAGCGACCAGACCAGCAACUGACAGCAGCGCAUCUGUCUUCAUUGCCUGUCUUUAGGACGUCACCAGCUCAGCUGCAGACACAGCAAGGACAACCGUCCUAUAAUACUCAUCAGCCGGCUGACACGGCAGAGCAGGUGCGAUAAUAAUUUGGGUCCUUUUAUCGAGAUUACAAGUAACAUGGUUUAGCUCUAAUGUCAGGAUUCACUUUAACAUUCAAAUCCGUUCUCAGUGCCUGACACCUGGUAGGCUCAGUCUCCAGCCGUGGGUGACUCGAUGCGCCCGCGGUACUCCUCAUCCGACGGGUCGGGUGGGAAGCACCGCGGGCGCAUCUAGAUCCUACUCACCUGGGGCCAGUUCAUAGAAUGAUGGUUAAGUUUAACCCAGGAUUAAGCGAAAUUUUAAGCACGGUUUUCUUGCUAAGAGCAUGUAACUCAAGCUUACACAAUACUGUUGAGCCUUUCCUCUGAGACACGGUAACGAUUUACACAAAAUGUUACUCUGAGCAAUGCAUAGGAAGGUAAAUACAAAAAGUGGAACAAAAUCUUAAUCGUGGAUUAGCGCUAAUCCGCCUCUCAGGAGCUGGGCCCAGACUAAUACUUUUAUACGGUUUAAAUCAGUGAAUAGUAAUUUUUGCGUUUUGAUUAGCUCUCGUAACCCAGAAUAUCAUUGGCUAUUCACUGUUUUGGGACAGUAGCCAAAAUGGCUUCUCGUCUCGAGACACUUUCGGAAGACGAAAUUAUAGCGAUAAAUGAAGCAGCCUUACCAUCCAGUACCAAGAAAGCAAGGAAAUUUUGCUUGCUCGUGUGAACUAGUGAUAGAAAUUUUUUUCUUACCGAAUUUAUAACCAAAUCCAAACAAUGAACUUCACAAAAAAUCCCCAAAAUUAUUGUAACAGCUGUCGGUUAAAACGUAAUCGUAUCAAAGCUCUUAAUACUAAGUAACUCCAUUUAUUUUCGUUUUUAUUCGGGGGAUCUGAUUUGGUAAAAUAAAACACUAAACUGUACCCCUGAGGGUCGGUGCAUUGCGCUAGGUGUUCUUCCGGAUAAUUGGUCGGUGAGAACUGUUUAAAACUUGCAUAAAUCACCUCACGAAAACACUAACAGAAAAAAGGUGCUGAGCGAACGAAAAGCGAGUAAAAACUUCGUCGUCUCAGACUAACAAAUGCGCAUGCGCGACAGUCUCUAAGUUCACAGGACUACCACUAUUUCCUUCGCGGCGUGACACUAGGUGAAUCCACCACUCUUCAACUCCUUUGCGGGGAUAAUGUACUUAAUACUGUAAAGGUAUCAUUGAAAUAUAAUGGUAACCCCUUUUUUUGUUUAUUAUCAGACCCCUUAUGGUCUUCCUCCGAUGAAUGCCGUGAAAACUAUUCUACCACACUUUCAUUCUCUGUACAAUGCUGGACCGACGUCUGAACCAGUCAAGGAGUAUGUUCCAUUAGCGAACUUGUCAUCCCCAAAUGUAUCCACUCCGCCGGAAAGAGGGUGAGCGUACUUUAUAAUACAAGCAACGAAAAGGAAAUAUGAGUCCAAAAUAUAAUUGCGGGAAAAAGGAAGUUUCGUUAUCAUUUCUUGUGCUUUCACUGGGUGCUUGGUUCUUUACAGUUUACACCUGCUACACAACGAUGAAAGCAAGAGCCUAAAGCACAAGAGGAUAAAAAUUGUUAGUUUUUCUCCCGCUGGAACUUAUAUCUAAGUGUACCCUAGGUAGAAGAGGCUUUUUGUCUUGUGCGGCGGGGUGCGUCGUCCCAGGGGCGAAGGCGCUUGUCACUGUAAAGACUGUAACAGGAUUAACUCAAACGAUAGAGUGCUGGCCUGGAGAGCGGAAGGUCGCGUGCUCGAUUCCCUGAAACGGACGGCCAGUACUUAGGGUGUUAAACAACUGAGGGAGAAGGUAGUUCCUUGUGACCACGUUGAAAUCGCUGGCCCGUCUCCAAGUAGGAGGCGAAAAAACAGUGUUGUCAAUCAGCACUUGCGUAUUUUGUAGACGUAUUCGAUUCUCGUGGACGGUUGCCCUUCCGUGUUGACGGGAUACUGCCGAGCCAAGCCAACGGCGUGUUUACAUUCUAAAAUAAAGUACGCUUGAAAAGUCUCUUGCACUCAGGGUAUUUUACUUGUUUCUUUGUGUCGUAAGUUUAAACCUGGGUGAUGCGAACAUAACACAAGUACAAACACAAAUACAAAACGGUUUUGCUUACAUCGCACCGGUUCACACUUAAGGGUCUUGUUUGUGCUUGUAAACCAGCCCUAUGUUUUAUUCCUCUUUCAGAAGCAUUGAAGCCGCUGGCAGUAUUCAAAUUCCUCCAGAAGUAAGCAUUGUUUGAUUUUUGUUAAAAAUGCACAAGAAGAGCUAGUUAUUAUUAUUAUUUUUUGCCAGUGUCAAGCAGCUGGCGUUAUCAGUUGGCAGUGUUGCUCUAUUUAAUGAUGAGGCUCUAGGUGUAAUCUUGUACAGGUGAACGUAGUGGGGCCCAAUACUACCGUUACCUUAUACCUCAAUCUCAUUAUACCAUAUUCUUUUACAGUCGAAUCAGGUAUUAGAAAGUUUAGAUUUAUUUGUACCGCAAACGGCAAUUUGUACCACGUUACCAAGUUUCCCCUUUACCUGUCGUUAACUGUUCAUUAUUUCUACAAAAAAAAUUGGUUUUUUCCCGUUAAGUGAAUUUAUUUGGUACAUUUUCUAUUUAUUCAUUUCCUAAUUUGAAAAAUUUUCAACUUGAAUCUGACGCUUGCCGUUUGCCGUGAAAGUGAUCUUAAAAUGUCUAUUAGUUUCUUUUCCCGCUAUUAGUGGUUUGCUUUUGUUCGAAAAGACUUACUUGUUUGGUUCCUCUCUGUUACCCCAGUACUGUGGCUAGCCACAAAUGGACGAGCAGUUGACUUCCUCUUUCAUUCUAGUGUCUUUUGCCCGCUCCUUCUCCAGACGUCUCCCCUUUUUCUGGCACGGCGCGCAGAUGCACUAAGCUGUGUUUUGCACGUACAGUGUCAGACAAAAAUAGUUGGCCGGACGCUUCCACCCAACGCUGUUUUGUCCCGUCUCCUUGUUCUCCUAAUGUUGUUUAUCGCAGUUAACUCACCAAAUCUGGCACAUUUAUGUUGUUGUUGUGUGGAUAUUGUUCAGUGUCUUUUCAAUCUUUGUGUUACGUUACGUCAUUUGGUGGUUGCACCCGUCCACAACAGCAAGAAACUACCGCUCUGGUUUCCGCGUUUUAGGAGGUCUGGGUACCAGGUAGUUUUUGCCGUAUCAUUUGAAGACUGUUGUAUUUAUAUCAACUAAAGGUCAGUAAAUGUCUCUUUCAGGUCAGAGGAAAAAUGGAUAUUAAGGACUUAGCGGUCAUGGAUUACCAAAUGAAGGUGCAAAAAUAAGUAAACUUUGUCACACUUAAGUGUUUUUGUUUCUAAGAGGUGUUCAGUAAAUUACAAAGCUUUGUGAAUGUGAUUCAUGUCUAUACAAUCAUCAGCGACAAUUACAGUUCAACCAGUUUAGGCACUUUGACGUUUAUGAUUCUUCUCUUUUUCACGACUCUAUCUACUUCAAAAAGGAAAAAGCAAGCCUUCCUUCCCCUACUGAAGAUAACUAUGACCUACGGGAAACAGGCAAACAAAGCGACUUUAUUUGGGUGCAGUG